GUCAGAAAAACUGACAGAAAAGUCAUUGGGAAGAGCAAUCCACUCCACUGUUACUUCUCACACCGGAGAGAGAGAGAGAGAGAGAGAGAGAGAGAGAAACUGAAAAAGAAAAAAAAUAUAUUCAGAAUUAGUUCGAAGUCGAAAAAUCUGAGUAAAAUGCUCAAGCUCCGAUUCGAAUUCUUCGCUUCGAGACACUUGCAGGAAGAUAGGUUCUUGGAUGGUGUGGGAGGCAAAAUUACCAAGUAUCACGAGAUUAGCACAUACUAGCAUCUUUAACAUUCGCCAGGCGCAUUUAUGGCUUCUGCCAGCCUAGGAAAUGGUGGAGUGGGCAGUUCCAGGUCUGUUAAUGGCUUCAAGGGUUCAUCUAGUUCAGUUGACUGGCUGGGGAGAGAGAUGCUUGAGAUGAGACUGAGGGAUAAAGUGGACCAUGAUGAGGACAGAGAUAGUGAACCAGAUGUAAUUGAUGGUGUUGGUGCUGAAACGGGACAUGUAAUACGAACCACUAUUGGUGGUCGAAAUGGUCAAUCUAGGCAGACGGUGAGUUAUAUUGCAGAACAUGUGGUUGGGACUGGUUCUUUUGGUGUUGUUUUCCAAGCAAAGUGUAGAGAAACUGGAGAGAUUGUUGCUAUAAAGAAGGUUCUCCAAGACAAGCGUUAUAAGAAUCGGGAAUUGCAGAUAAUGCAGAUGUUGGAUCACCCAAAUAUUGUUGCCCUUAAACAUUAUUUCUAUUCAACUACAGACAAAGAAGAGCUUUACCUGAAUCUUGUACUUGAGUUUGUCCCUGAAACUGUUAACCGUAUUGCAAGAAAUUAUAGCAGGAUCAACCAGCGAAUGCCCUUAAUAUAUGUUAAACUUUAUACCUACCAGAUCUGCAGGGCACUUGCCUAUAUACAUAACUGUAUUGGUAUCUGUCACCGUGACAUCAAGCCUCAAAACUUACUAGUUAAUCCCCAUACUCAUCAGCUGAAACUUUGUGAUUUUGGGAGUGCAAAAGUAUUGGUGAAAGGAGAACCCAACGUUUCUUACAUCUGUUCAAGAUAUUAUCGCGCUCCAGAGCUCAUAUUUGGUGCCACUGAAUACACAACUGCAAUAGAUAUAUGGUCUACAGGUUGUGUGAUGGCUGAAUUACUUCUUGGACAGCCUUUGUUUCCUGGUGAAAGUGGAGUUGACCAACUAGUUGAGAUCAUAAAGGUUUUGGGAACUCCAACCAGAGAGGAGAUAAAGUGCAUGAAUCCAAAUUAUACUGAAUUUAAAUUCCCACAGAUAAAGCCUCAUCCAUGGCACAAGGUCUUCCAAAAACGUUUGCCCCCAGAAGCAGUGGACCUUGUUUGUAGGUUUUUUCAGUACUCUCCCAAUUUGCGAUGCACUGCGUUGGAAGCUUGCAUUCACCCCUUCUUCGAUGAACUGAGGGACCCAAACAGUCGACUUCCUAAUGGCCGCCCUCUUCCUCCUCUGUUUAAUUUUAAACCACCGGAGCUCUCCGGCAUUCCACCCGAUAUCAUCAAUAAACUUAUUCCAGAACAUGCUCGGAAGCAGAACUUGUUUAUGGCUUUGCACACUUAGCAACUGUUAUGAAUCUCUUUUACUUCUGGUUGCCAUCCCCACGCCACAUUUGGUCAUGUGUUGGCAUCUAUCAGAGUCCCUCGCCUUUCCUGUUAAUCACCAUCUCUUGCGUCCUGUGAGAAAGAGUGUUGUACAAGGAAUUGCUAGGACAAUUAAUAUAGGAAACCUGAGGCUUUGAGUUUGCUUGCUUUAGGAGGUGCUUUUGAAGUUUUAUUCCUAGACCCCUAUAACUCCUUGUAUAUUUUUUGUGACCCCUAUUGCAGGGGAUUUUAGUAAGGUUAAAGGUAUCAGCAUAUAUGUAUGUAUACCCUAUGUUAAAAAGUAUUUUUCUUUUUAGCUUCU